AGCUCAGAGCCGGAGCCGGAGCUGGAGCUGGAGCCCGAGCCCGAACUGGGCACUGGGAGGCGGCCGCGGAGACCCUUGAGCCCUGCAGGAUGCGUCUCCGGCUCUUCUGCAUCCUGCUCGCCGCGGUCUCAGGAGCCCAGGGCUGGGGCUACUACGGCUGUGAUGAGGAGCUGGUGGGGCCCUUGUACUAUCGCUCCCUGGGUGCCUCCUCCUACUAUGGGCUCUUCACGGCUCCACGCUUCGCCCGACUGCACGGCAUAAGUGGAUGGUCUCCCCGGACUGGUGACCCGAAUCCCUGGCUCCAGAUCGACUUAAUGAAGAAGCACCGGAUCCGGGCGGUGGCCACACAAGGCUCCUUUAACUCUUGGGACUGGGUCACACGCUACAUGCUGCUCUACGGUGACCGAGUGGACAGCUGGACCCCGUUCUACCAACAAGGGCACAAUGCGGCGCACUUGCUACUGCACAUGAGCCUGGGCAGCAGCCCCAUCCAACCACGGCCGGGACACACCACGGUGAGCGCUGGUGGGGUCCUCAAUGACCAGCACUGGCACUACGUGCGUGUGGACCGAUAUGGCCGCCAAGCAAACCUCACCCUGGACGGCUAUGUGCAGCGUUUCAUUCAUGGCGACUUCGAGAGGCUGAACCUGGACAAUGAGAUGUUCAUUGGAGGUCUGGUGGGCGCACAGAAAAACCUUGCCUAUCGGCAUAAUUUCCGUGGCUGCAUGGAAAAUGUAAUCUUCAACCGAGUCAACAUCGCGGACCUGGCUGUGCGGCGCCAUUCGAGGAUCACCUUCGAGGGUAAGGUGGCCUUCCGCUGCCUGGACCCGGUCCCUCACCCGGUCAACUUCGGAGGUCCUCACAACUUCCUGCAAGUGCCUGGGUUCCCUCGGCGCGGCCGCCUCGCAGUCUCCUUUCGCUUCCGCACCUGGGACCUCACGGGACUGCUACUUUACUCCAGCCUGGGGGACGGACUGGGCCACGUGGAGCUGAUGCUCAGUGAAGGGCAGGUCAACGUGUCCAUUGCACAGACCGGCCGAAAGAAGCUUCAGUUCGCUGCUGGGUACCGCCUGAACGAUGGCUUUUGGCACGAGGUGAAUUUCGCGGCACAGGAAAACCAUGCAGUCAUCAGCAUUGAUGAUGUGGAGGGGGCAGAGGUCAGGGUCUCAUACCCACUGCUGAUCCGUACAGGGACUUCGUACUUCUUUGGGGGUAAGUGGUGGCUAACCUGGCCAGACCCCUGUCCCUGGGUGGGAAGGCCCCCAACCCCACCUAAGUCCACCCAGAUGGGACUACAUGGAGACCAAAGCUCUGUCCCUUCCCCUCCCCCAGAGAACAAGGCAUGGACAGUUGUGCGGCAUGACAGGCUGUGGACAACUCGGGUGACAGGUUCGAGCAUGGAGCGGCCAUUCCUGGGGGCCGUCCAGUACUGGAAUGCAUCCUGGGAGGAAGUCAGUGCCCUGGCCAAUGCUUCCCAGCACUGUGAACAGUGGAUCGAAUUCUCCUGCUACAAUUCCAGGCUGCUCAACACUGCAGGAGGCUACCCCUACAGCUUCUGGAUUGGCCGGAAUGAGGAGCAGCACUUCUACUGGGGAGGCUCACAGCCUGGGAUCCAGCGCUGUGCCUGCGGUCUGGACCGGAGCUGUGUGGACCCUACUCUGCAGUGCAACUGUGACGCUGAUCAGCCCCAGUGGAGAACCGACAGGGGACUGCUGACCUUUGUGGACCAUUUGCCUGUCACUCAGGUGGUGGUGGGGGACACAAACCGCUCCACUUCUGAGGCCCAGUUUUUCCUGAGGCCUCUGCGCUGCUAUGGCGAUCGAAAUUCCUGGAACACCAUCUCCUUCCACACCGGGGCUGCACUACGCUUUCCUCCAAUCCGUGCCAACCACAGCCUUGAUGUCUCCUUCUACUUCAGGACCUCGGCCCCUUCAGGAGUCUUCCUAGAGAAUAUGGGGGGCUCUUACUACCAGUGGUGCCGACCUUACAUACGGGUGGAACUAAACACAUCCCGAGAUGUGGUCUUCGCCUUCGAUGUGGGGAAUGGAGAUGAGAACCUGACAGUACACUCAGAUGAUUUUGAGUUCAAUGAUGACGAGUGGCACCUGGUCCGGGCUGAAAUCAACGUGAAGCAGGCCCGGCUCCGCGUGGACCACCGGCCCUGGGUGGUGCGGCCUAUGCCCCUGCAGACCUACAUCUGGCUGGAGUACGACCAGCCCCUCUACGUUGGAUCUGCAGAGCUUAAGAGGCGCCCCUUCGUGGGCUGCUUGAGGGCUAUGCGUCUGAAUGGAGUGACUCUGAACCUGGAAGGCCGUGCCAAUGCCUCUGAGGGUACCUCACCCAACUGCACAGGCCGCUGUGCCCAUCCCCGGUUCCCCUGUUUCCAUGGAGGCCGUUGCGUGGAGCGCUACAGCUACUACACAUGUGACUGUGACCUCACGGCUUUUGAUGGGCCAUAUUGCAACCAUGAUAUUGGUGGUUUCUUUGAGCCCGGCACCUGGAUGCGCUAUAACCUGCAGUCAGCACUGCGCUCUGCAGCCCGGGAGUUCUCCCACAUGCUGAGCCGGCCGGUGCCAGGCUAUGAGCCAGGCUACAUCCCCGGCUACGACACUCCUGGCUAUGUACCUGGCUACCAUGGCCCUGGGUACCGACUGCCUGACUACCCGCAGCCUGGCCGGCCUGUGCCAGGUUACCGGGGUCCUGUCUACAAUGUUACUGGAGAGGAGGUGUCUUUCAGCUUUAGCACCGAAUCUGCCCCCGCUGUCCUGCUCUACGUCAGCUCCUUUGUGCGUGAUUACAUGGCCGUGCUCAUCAAGGAAGAUGGGACUCUACAGCUGCGAUAUCAGCUGGGCACCAGUCCCUACGUGUACCAGCUAACCACCCGACCAGUUACAGAUGGCCAGCCCCACAGCGUCAAUAUCACCCGGGUUUACCGCCAGCUUUUCAUCCAGGUGGACUACUUCCCAAUGACAGAACAGAAGUUCUCACUGUUGGUGGACAGCCAGCUUGACUCACCCAAGGCCUUGUAUCUAGGGCGUGUUAUGGAAACAGGAGUAAUUGACCCAGAGAUCCAGCGCUACAACACACCAGGUUUCUCGGGCUGCUUGUCUGGUGUUCGAUUCAACAACGUGGCUCCCCUCAAAACCCACUUCCGAACCCCUCGACCCAUGACUGCUGAGCUAGCUGAGGCCCUUCGAGUUCAGGGAGAACUGUCUGAAUCUAACUGUGGAGCCAUGCCACGUCUUUUCUCAGAGGUGCCACCUGAGCUGGAUCCCUGGUAUCUGCCUCCAGACUUCCCAUACUACCAUGAUGAUGGAUGGGUUGCCAUACUUUUAGGCUUUUUGGUGGCCUUCCUGCUGCUGGGGCUGGUGGGAAUGUUGGUGCUCUUCUAUCUGCAAAAUCAUCGCUACAAGGGUUCCUACCAUACCAAUGAGCCCAAGGGCACCCACGAUUACCACCCUGGCAGCAAACCUCCCCUACCUACUUCAGGCUCUGCCCAGGCCCCCCCCAGCCCAGCUCCAGCCCCAGCCCCAGCACCAGCCCCAGCACCAGCCCCAGCCCCAGCCCCUGGCCCUGGCCCCCGGGACCAAAACCUACCCCAGAUCCUGGAGGAGUCCAGAUCUGAAUGA